AUGUUGCAGAAACAGACGCAGCCACACCUCGAGCGUCUCGAGCCCAUGCUCGGCGAUCCUUUCUUCGAAAGCAUCCUCUGGGCCCAGGAGUACGACCUAAAUGGACUGGACAAGGGACUGCGUUCUAGGAUCGAGUCUGGGCAGUUCAAGAGGGUCGUCUUCUAUGGGAUGGGAUGCUCCUCGGUUAUUAACGACUACGACCUGGACUGGUUUGUUGACAGAGAAACCAUGAAAGACCCGGCCACGCUGGCAUUCAUCUGCUAUAGCGGCUGGUCGGUCGAGCCGUGCCUGUUCUUCGACACCAUGCGAGAGAUGACCCGAAACAAAAACCUGAUCGUUCUCUCUGGAGGCGGGAAGAUUGCCUCUCUGUGCAAGGAGCACGGCACCUCGCUGAUCCAGUAUAAGCUACGUCAUGCCGACCGGGAAUACCCCCUCUAUCACGUUCAGCAGUUCUUCUCGAUCUUCCUCGAUCUCUUCCACAAGCUGAAGAUCACAAACUCCUCCUACCAAUCCGAGCUCGAGGACUCGGUCAAGUUCCUGAAAUCCGAGUUCCACGAGGGAACCCUCAAGCGAGCAGAAGACCAUCGCCGAGAAGCUGAGAGGGAGCCGGAUCGCCCUGCUGAGCACAGUGGACUGGUACGUCACCCUGCUCAAGCAGAUAGCCAUGUUUUUCAACGAAAUCGCCAUGGUUCUGACGCACUGAAACCUCUGCACGAAUUCUCCCACACUGAAGUGGCUACCUAUUCCGAUCCGGCCGAAAAGCAGGCCAUCGUCACCUUCCUCGACUCCAAUGCCGACGACUACACGAAGGGUAAGAUCAAGAUCCUGGAAGGGCUGUUCGGUGGAAAGAAUGUCCCGCAGAACCGUAACAUCGAGUUUGUCAACAUCGACCUUAACCAGGACAAUUUCUUCAAAAAGUUCUUCUUUGGGCACUUUUUCACGGUUUAUGUUCGUUCUACCUAG